AUGCCCACCGUGAGCCUUCCAUCCAAGCCUGGCGCCUCUGUUGCUUAUGAGCUUUUCGAAGGAGACUCAGAAAGUGAUCUUCUCAUUGUCUUCCUCAACGGUCUGGUAUUACCACAACUUGCCUGGAAACCGUGCAUUACUCUCUUCAAGGAGCAAUCGAGCAUUUUACCAAAGCCAUGGAUGCUCACUUAUGAUCGCUAUGGACAAGGUGCCUCAUCUAGAGACCCAAGAGAAAAUUUACCAGAAAGAGAACCCGGCUACGCCCAUACACUUGACCACGUGACCGACGACCUUCACGAAUUGAUUGAAACUCUCUCCCCUGGUCGUUGCUCGCGUAUUGUUUUUGUCAAUAACAGUAUCGGUGCACACAUCGCAAGAAGAUAUGCCGAUAGGUUUCCUAAAAUUGUUGAAGGCAUUCUGUUCCUGGACUCCAACCCCGGAAACGCUGAUUACGCUGACAUCUGGCCAAACCCGAAGGACCCUUCCUUCGACCUGGAGAAGAUGAUUCCCGCUGGCACUGCUCUUGAAGUAUACGAAGCUGCGUAUAUCAAGAUGACCACCGUAUUUGCCGCGGAUGCUAAGAAUAAGGAGGGCUUUGAUCGACGACAAAUCAAAAGCAUGUUGCCUGACCCAUCCAAGCCAAAGCUCAAAGGAUCCAAAUCCACAAACAAAGGACCUUGGAUUACAGUUGUAGGUCAUGAGCUGGAGGCGUUCUCGAAUGAAGAAUGGUUGAUGAUGAAGGUACCAUUAGGCAUGGCUGCAAGGUAUACUCAACCUGAGUGGCAGAAAUACAACGAGGGACUAUGCCAGCUUACUGAGCCCGAAAGAGCGAAGGGACCACUCAUUGCACCAAAAUGUGGUCAUUUUAUUCAGAAGGAUAACCCACCAUUUGUUGCAGAACAGCUGGUAGAACUCAUCAAGAAUGUCGAGAGUACUCGAUGA